ACGAGCGAUACAAAGAGUUCCGCUGGAGACGCCUUGAAACACGGGACUUACCACCGGCAAGCUGCUACCAUGUUUUUGCAAAAAAUUGUGCUUUAUUUGUCGACAGCAUGUAUGUUUUGCUACAUGUUGGGACUGUUUCUCAUGCUGGCGAUAUUGCAGUUUUCCUCACCAAGCCUUGCGAAGAAGUUCAUACUUCGCAUGGGUGAAAAGUUCACCAUGACCCAGAAUCCAAGGUUUAACUAUGAGGAUUGGGGUCUGACAUUUAUGUCCUUGGCAUUUAUUAAAACUGCUUCUUAUCACAUGUGGCUGUCUCUCGGAGAAGAGGCGUUUGUGGGAGGAUCAGCUCCAGACUCACCUGUGGUCACUAUGGACCGUGAGAAAACCAGCAUCUCCAAGUAUUUAAAAGGCAACAGACCGCUAGUGCUGAGUUUUGGAAGUUGCACCUGACCCCCGUUUAUGUAUAAACUUGAUGAGUUCAAGCAACUCGUCAAGGACUUCAGCGAUGUAGCCGACUUUCUUGUGAUCUACAUCGCAGAGGCUCAUUCAACAGAUGGUUGGGCCUUUAAGAACAACUAUGACAUCAACCAGCACCAGAGCCUGGAGGACAGGCUGUCUGCGGCACAGGUCCUGGUUCAGAGUGAACCCCUGUGUCCUGUGGUUGUGGAUGAAAUGACUGAUGUCACCACCAUAAAGUACGGAGCUCUGCCUGAGAGGCUUUACAUUCUGCAGACUGGGAAAGUGCUCUACAAGGGAGGGAAAGGGCCUUCGGGCUACAACCCAGCAGAAGUGCGAUCCUUCUUGGAGAAGAUAAAAUAAGAAGCUCUGCGCUUAUAUGAAUAAAGGUUUCUUCUUAUUAAGGGGUGGGUUUUAUCUACAUUCUAACCAGUAUACAUUACUUAAAUAGUGGGGGGAUUUUACAAUCAGGCUCUCAUGUAGUCUUAAAAAAGAUAUCAGCCUCUGAGCUUGAACUCUCCUCUCAGUGUUUAUUAAUGACGGCUACAGAUUAAACCUUUGGCCUCUGGAGCUAGAUGCAUUCAAACACAGGGAGACAGUCCACUCAGCGGUUGUGAUAAAACGGCGCGUACAGGAGAUGUAAUUUGUGUGAGCAUGCAUGUGAUUUUGUCCAUAUUCUCUGGCCUUUUUGGUUGCGUAGUGGGUUUAUUAUGGCGCAGGUUUGUCUGCAUUGUAACUGUAAUUCCACUACAUCAGCAUGUAGUUCUAUUGUUAGUCUUUCACAUUAAUCACAAAAGGUGUAGAAAUAGUGUGUAACCUUUCUGUAGUCUUAAAAGAGAUGUCAGCCUCUGAGCUUGCAACCCCCUCUCUGUGUUUCUUAGUGACGGCUACAGAUUAAACCUCUGGCCUCUGGAGCCAGAUGCAUUGAAACGCAGGGAGACAGCCAACCUCAGUCAUGUCAUGUUCGUUGUAUCACAGACUAGACAGCAGAUGUAGUUUGCUUCCAUAUGUUCUUUGCUUAUGUUGCCUGGCUUCUUCAGUUAAGAUCCCUGAAGAUUUAAGGCACUGAACGUUUUCCCAUUUCCGGUGUCAGUUAUCAAGUGCACACUUAUGAAUUCUCCACAGUUUCUACAGCUGGCUACUAUUUACAUGACAAUGACAGUCAACACCUCUUCUAGCUGGAAGUCUUUGAACUAUGUAGGUUAAUUUAUUAUUGGACACUUAUUGAUUUGAAUAUUCUUGGAUGUGAAGUCAUCUGGUAGCACUCCAACAUAAGAGUACUCAAUUUGUCAAAGUAAGUCAUGAAAAGAGACAUGCAGCAGCACCGUAUGCUAGCCACUUUGUGUUUGUGUUGUCACUGUGACUUACCCUUGACCCAUUAAAAGAGAAUAUGAUUGUUGCAAAACUCGAGUUCUCUAUUAUUACAAAAAAUGCUUUCAGUUUUAAUACCAACAAAGAGCAGAUUUCUUCCACAUGAGAAUCUGCCUGUUGUUUGCUGCCUUGUCUGGAAAUGAUAAACUUUCUGCACUGUGUGUGGAUUGCACAAGUUCAGAUUCCUUUGAACACACUUUGCAGUCUGUACCCUAUACAUGUGAGCUGUGGCGCACUGCAUUCAGCCAUUGAUGUGAGUUAAUAUCUAACUGUGUUAUCUGCACAUCAGAUGAUUUUGGCACCCAGUGUCCAUGUUACAUAAUUGAAUCUAAUGAGGGUUCUUAUCUAGGUGUAGUUGGUGAAAGAGCACAAGAUAGCUUUCAAGUAUUUUGAUAAAAUGUUGUAUUGGGGAAAACAAUCUGAUUUUAAUUUCCAUUGAAGCAUGAAUAAUUUGUAGUUUAAAUGACUUCUUUCAUGUUUUUGUUGUACAUCAAUGCUUAAUUUACUUGCCAGAAUACUUUUUGUGUUGUCUCAUAAACACUAGUGCUAAUACGAGUCUUGUGGCAAUAUUAAAAGCAAAACUUGUUGAACUGAAAGUUUUUGAUAU